UUCCAGAUCCAGAGAUCGUUUGUGGGGAGAACUGGAGAAGGGAAUUGCACGUCAAGCAAAGUUCAGUUACAAGGAUUUCUUCCCAGCUGUGUGAAUUAAUUGUGAUAGAGACACACAUUUACUCACAUAUAAAGACUACCCAUCCUUGGGCUUUCUACCACCACAGUUACCAAUUUGCCAUUGUCCUUAAUUUCCAUCUGCUGGGCUCUACUUUUACAACAUUUGACAUCGAUCAACAGCUGGAGAAGGCACAAACAGAACAGAGAGAUGGAUAGAAGGAAGACAUGCUUUCUAGUGACCUUCUUCCUUGUUGUGUUUAUCUCUAUGGGAGCCUCCUUCGUUCAGGGUCAAGGCAACGGAAAUGCAAAUGGGAAAGCUAACGCCAAGAAGAACCUCGAUGCUGCUUCGACGCAUUACAUUGUGCUAACGCCAAAGAAGGGGACAGGGCAAGAACGAGCUCUGUGCCUGGCCAGAGGGCGUUGCUAUCUCAAGAUCCUUCAGUGCCCCGUUCAGUGCACUCAGAGGAAGCCUAAGAAGAACAAGAAGAUCAAGGGAUGCUUCAUUGACUGCAGCAGCACAUGCGAGACCACUUGCAAAUUUCGGAAACCCAACUGUAAUGGAUAUGGGUCGGUCUGCUACGAUCCCAGGUUUGUUGGCGGUGACGGUGUGAUGUUCUACUUUCACGGGGCCAAGGGAGGCGAUUUCGCCCUCGUGUCAGACGAUGAAUUUCAGAUCAACGCCCACUUCAUCGGAAGCCGACCAGCAGGGAGGGCCCGCGACUUCACCUGGGUGCAAACCCUCUCCGUCAUGUUCGAUUCCCACACUCUUGACCUUGUUGCCAAGAGAGUGUCUCGUUGGGAUGACGGUGUCGAUGUUCUCAGUGUCCACUGGGACGGUAACGCCGUUGAAGUACCGACUGACGGAGAAGCCGAGUGGCGGACUAAUGAUGGGAAAAGAGAGGUGGUGGUGGAGAGAACUGAUGACACCAACAGCGUGAGGGUGACGAUAACUGGGGUGGUGGAGAUGGACGUGAAGGUGACACCGGUGGGAGCAGAAGAGAACAGGGUGCACAACUACCAGUUGCCAGAGGACGACGCCUUCGCUCACUUGGAGACUCAGUUCAGGUUCUCCAACCUCACAGACAUGGUUGAGGGUGUAUUGGGCAAGACUUACAGACCGGACUACGUCAGCCCCGUCAAAGUUGGCGUCCCCAUGCCGAUGAUGGGAGGGGAGGACAAGUAUCGCAUUCCAUCCCUCCACUCAACUCUCUGUGCAGUUUGCAGGUUCCAGAAGCCGCCAUCUGCGACAACCACUUUCAAUACUUUCAAUGAGGUGGCUCAAUCCUAAUUAAGGAUAUAUAAUUAUAUCCUCCUCUGCAGUCUCUCUCUCUCUCUCUCUCUACACCAAUUAAAACUACAUGUCUACCAAAAAAAAUUAUGUAAUAAAAUUAGAUCGAUCCCAAUUUCCCACCUUGUUUCAAUUUGUUCUAUCUUAAUUUAAACAGGAAAAAUAAGGGAUAUGAUGUUGCAAUGUUUUAUUUCAAAUGAACGGAGAUCUACUCCUAUCCUUUUGUGCCUUUAA